AUGGCCUCUGGAAUGCACAUGUCAAGCCCUAUGUGCCUCAUUGAGAACUUUAGAGGGAAAUUACAGGUUAAUCAAAAAGCUCUGGAAAUCCUGUCUGCCAUCAUGCAACCUGUGGUGGUGGUGGCUAUCGUGGGCCUCUACCGCACAGGCAAAUCCUACCUGAUGAACAAGAUGGCUGAGAAGGAAAGAGGUUUUUCUAUGGGCUCCACUGUACAGUCUCACACAAAAGGAAUCUGGAUGUGGUGUGUGCCUCACCCCAAGAAGCUAAAACACACCCUAGUUCUGCUUGACACCGAGGGACUGGGCGAUGCUGAGAAAGGGGACAACCAGAAUGACUGCGGGAUCUUUGCCCUGGCCAUACUUCUGAGCAGUACCUUUGUGUACAACAGCAUGGGUCCCAUCAACCAGCAGGCCAUGGACCAGCUGCACUAUGUGACAGAGUUGACCAAGCAAAUCAGAGCAAAGUCUUCACCGGAUGAGAAUGAGGCAGAGGACUCAGCUGACUUUGUGAGCUUCUUUCCAGACUUUGUGUGGAGUUUGAGAGAUAUGACCCUGAAGUUAGAAGUCAAUGGACAAUCCAUCACAGCAGAUGAGUACUUGGAGAACUCCUUGAAGCUAAAGCAAGGUACCAGUGAGGAAGCUGAAAAAUUCCACUUGCCCCGACUCUGUAUUCGAAAGUUCUUUCCAAGUAAGAAAUGCUUUAUCUUCUAUCCACUCACUGAAUGGAAGAAGCUUAGAAACUUGGAGAACCUGCAUGAUAAUGAGCUAGAUUCUGAUUUCGUGCAUCAAAUAACAGAAUUCUGUUCAUACAUCCUCAAUCACUCAAAAAUUAAAACUCUUCCAGGAGGCAUCAAAGUCAUUGGACCUGGUCUAGUGAGCCUGGUGCAGACAUAUGUUGGUGCUAUCAAAAGUGGGGAGCUGCCCUGCAUAGAGAACGCAGUCCUGGAUUUGGCCUGGGUAGAGAACUGGGCUGCAGUGCAAAAGGCCAUUGCUCACUAUGACCAGGAGAAGAGCCGGAAGGUGCAGCUCCCCACAGACACACUCCAGGAGCUGCUGGAACUGCACAGGGCCUGUGAGGAAAAGGCCAUUGAGGUCUUCAUGGAGAAUUCUUUCCAGAAUAUGGACCAUUUGUUUCAAAAGGAAUUAGUGUCUCAACUAGAAAAAAGGUGUGAUGAGUUUUGCAAACGCAAUAUGGAUGCUUCCUCAAGUCGGUUCAGGGCGUUACUUCAGGAUCUUUUCAGUCCUCUAGAAGAAGAUCUGAAGCAAGGACUUUUUGCUCGGCCAGGAGGUUACAAUCUCCUCAUAAAAAAGACAAAAAUGUUGACGGAAAAGUACCUUGAAGAACCGAGGUGGAAGGGUAUCCAAGCUGAAGAGAUCCUGCAGACUUACUUGAAGUCCAAGGAAACUAUAACUAAUGCAAUUCAACAAACAGAUCAGGCUCUCACAGCCAAAGAGAAGGAUAUUGAAAUGGAUCAGAUGAAAGCUGAAUCUGCACAAGCAAGUGAGAAAGUGUUGGAGGAAAUGCAAGGGAAGUAUGACAAGAUAAUGGAAGCUAAAGAAAGGAAUUUUCAGGAACUCAUCGAACAGUUGAAAGCAGAACAGGAAAGAUCUCAGUUAAUGGUACAACAAGGCAGGAAUCUAGCUCUAAAACUUCAGGAACCGGCCCAACUACUGAAAGAGGAAUUUCAAUCAGAGAGCAGACAGCUUCAUAACGAGAUACAAAAUCUCCAGAAGAAGCUGUCAGCAUCAAAGCCUUUAUGUGUCAUAAGUUGAAGACCUAAAGAAGUACAUUAUUUUUUUAAAAUAUCAACCUAUCUCAAGACAUAGAUAAAGCAAGUUCAGAAUUUGAAACAUAUGUCAGUUCCCUUAGUAGUAAGUAGGUCUCCUAUCAUAACAGCAAAAACAUUCAGAACAA